AUGAAGGUCACGGAGGAGGGUUCUGAUCGAAGUGCAGAGAUGCGUGUUUGCAUCGAAGGCCACGCCGAUCCUCUGCCUGAAUAUGGAGAAUACGUUGAUCCGGUUGACCAUGCAGUAUGUUCUUAUAUCCCUUUGGAAGAGGGACAAAAGCCAAAGUUCAGUGGAAAAUUCAACGGAACUACACUAGACAUCGUGUGCGACGCCUUCAUGGACGGAAUACUCCGCAAACACUACUCCUAUGGUGCCAGGGCUGUACGAUUCCAAAAGGGUAAAAAGAUCGAGAUUGACAAGUUUCUUUUCAAGACAGAGGAUGGAGUUAUUGAUUCCCCGAUGGUUGUGUCUACUCUGGACAUGCCCACGACUCAAUCCGAUUCGCCAGAGACCAUUGGCACUAUGGAGCUCCGACUCUACUGCACGCGUAGAAUGAGCGUCUCCCAUGAAGUCAAGGGUACUAAGCAUUAUUACAUCGAUUACGAUCAGAAGCCGGCCAAUGAGGACAAUGACACGUCCAACAGUGAAGACAGCGAGACGUCCGACAACGAGAACAACCAGAAGCCCGACAACUCCAAGAAGGGCAGUGAGAAGACCAAUCAGAUCGUAAACUAUAGGCGUAUUGCACCCACAUCCCUACUCGACAUAGAGAGAGAUUCCGCUCCUAUCAGCGAACAAGCAGUAGCCAGUCACCACAACAAGAUGGUUUCAUCACGCCCAGGAGAAAGGCCUUGGGCUAUAUUCCGGUUUCAUUACCGCAAUAAAGAAGCUCUCGAAAAGUCUGGUAUGGCGCUGAAACAAAGGGUCAGCCUCGCACUCCAGCUGCAAGUGAAGAACCCUCUUCAAAGUGAGCCUGGGACCAAACGUCCCUCCGAGACUAUCAACGAGACACUUCCUGAGUCAAAACGUCCAAAGGUCCUCCCACCACCGCCUUCCUUGGCAACCAACUCUCUCAAAAGCCAACUUGCCGAACGCCGCAAGAAGCUUGCAGAGUUGCACAAGAACCACCGUCAGGAAGCUGAGACCUUGGCUACUAUCCAGAGGAAGAUAGAGCCCUACGAACAGCGUAUGAUGGAGGAGCUGGAGUGCAUCAACCAAGCGAUAACGGAGGAGGAGACGGCACUCGAAGAAGUGGUAGAGCGUCGCAGCCACUUUGAGAAGGUCCUCCAAGAGUUUGAAGAUGGCCAAGAUGAUGCCUAG